GCACGUGCGAAGUUUUGAAAGGAAAGCAAAAAACGCCAUCCUCUUCUUUCGAAAAUUUUUUGCUCAGACAAACGGGACAAGGUGGAAAUGAAAUUCAAGAUUAUUGAUAUGAUAAAUGCGCGAAACAAAAAUUGUAAAUAUGUGGCUGAUUUAGGAAAAUGGAUGUUCGUUGCACGGCGCAGCAAGGCGACGCGGGAAAGCACGUCACCUGCUGCUUCGGUUGAGUAGACGGAAACAUCGAAAACGCGUCCACGGAAGAGGGCUACGGGAAACGCGUGGCUGAGAGAGAUUUUCUGGAAGCUUUUCAGAGCCUCUGUCUCUCUCUCCCUCUCACUCAACUCCGAAGAUACAAUUGAUCCACACCUGACCGAUCGUUGUCGCAAGAAGAGCCGUACCUUGAAAGGAGACGCACUGUCUUUCGAUCGUCGCUGACUACGGAGCUAGCGGCUUCCUACAGCUGAUUGUCGUUAAUCACGCCGACGUCGUGGCAAAAUGCAGUUGCGUUACGUGAAAAACCUCCAGGCGCCCCAGGAUGGCAUGCAGAAAAUCUCUGCGAGUACGUGGAGUCCUAACAACCAGAAGGUGGCAGUCGUCUCGACAGAUCGCAUAGUACAUCUCUACGACGAACAAGGGGAAAAGCAGGACCGCUUUUCGACAAAACCCGGCGACAAGGAGACGAAGUUGUUCGUUGUUAAAGUUAAGACUUCUGCCAGUUUUAACACUGAAGAUUUGAUAUGAAGAGCUUCUGAAGCUGCUCAAGCCAAUGCAAAUUGAAUGCAAGUUGGUAUUCCCCUUACGCGAGACCAGACGACGCGUUCUCCUUUUACCAUGGAGUGCGCGUUCACAGAUGUCGCAAUAAUAAAUAGGUAACUCUAGGUUCUUGCUGCAUACGUCUUCUCUCGAAGAUGAUCUAAUGUUGUGACGUAAGCGUUUCUCUAUCGUUUGCGUCCAUUCCGGCAGGCCUACACCACUUGUAUCGUUGAAGCCCCUUCACCUAGAAGUAGUUGUAGAGUGUUUCUCUAACUCCUCUCUCGAUUUCUCACCUGACUCGACGAAAUUGGCGAUUGCGCAGAGCGACAACAUCGUUUUCGUUUACAAAUUGGGUGCCGAAUGGAAAGAGCGGAAAAGUAUCUGUAACAAAUUCCCACAAACUAGCUGCGUAACCUGUCUGUGCUGGCCGAGCAAGCACCCAAACGAAAUCGUCUUCGGUCUUGCGGAAGGCCGAGUCAAAGUCGGACAACUCAAGUUAUGAGAUCGAUGAAAGCUGGUAGAUUUCAUUUGGUUCAUACGAGUGCUGGAUAACUUUUCUUGUAUUUCUAAGGUCAUGUUCUCUUGGAAAGCGGUAAGGAUGUACUUCCUUUUUUUAAGGAGUUAGUGUUCCUUUUUUAGUCACCUCUGGAACGAUCAUUGAAAUUCUGAGAUCCACAACGGAAUCAACUUACAAAAACUCUCGUGCUCUAAUUUCCGCAAACAAGGCUGCUUUAUUGUACUCAACGGAUUCCUUCGUUAUGUGCAUGUGUCCUGGUGGGGACGGGAACAGCGUGAUGUCUGGUCACGUGGACGGCAGCAUACACAAAUUUUCGUUCGAGACCGAGAACAGCGGCCCUAUCACGCAGAAAUUCAUCCGAGUACCUCAAUGCGCGAUUACGUGCGUUGGAUGGGGCGCAGCAGGCGUGUGUGCAGCAGGAAACGACCAGACUGUGCGCUUCUGGAGUCCGGAGGGUGAGCAGUUUGGUUAUUUGCUGUGAUUCAAACUGAGAAAGACUCUUUGUUGUGAUGUUUUUUACAAACGAGGAUCCAGGAGUGACAAAAAUCAGAAAUAGUCGCACGAUUUGUUUCUUGAUUUUUCUAUUCUUACUCACUUCUGCAUAUCAGGCCGAGAUGCGCGUACAUUCGACUACGGUACCAUGAAGGGGGUCAAAGAGUUCUCCUGUUGCCGAUUCAAUCCGAGUGGCGAGAGCGUAGUGCUUGGAAACUAUAAUCGUUAUUUUGUUUUUGCCUGGCACGCGCGCAACAGAGAAUGGCAAGAAGUUGCGGUCAAAGAAGUGCCGAACUUGUACACGAUAACGUCGCUUUGCUGGCGUCCGGACGGCAGUCGCUUGUUGAUGGGAACACUCUGCGGGUCGGUCGAGCUGUUCGACGCGUGCAUCAAAAGGGCACGAUAUAAGGGCGAGUACGAGUUCACGUACAUCUCGCUGUCUCAAGUGAUCGUGAAGAAUCUCUCGACCGGAUCGCGCAUCGUGCUUAAAUCGAACGUGGGCUACGAAAUCAAGAAGAUCAACGUGUACAAGGAACGCUACUUGGUCGCGCAUACUGUGGAGAGCCUCUUGCUUUAUGACUAUAUAUAUUGUUAGUUUGAUGGGAAGUAGGAAAUUUCUUGGCCGUCCAUAUGCACGUGAGUAGUAUCUUUCUUUUGUUAUAUAUAAUAUAAAUUGACGGGAGGUCCUCGCCUUUAUUUGAAUUGGAGACUCAUACGGGUCAAGACAUGGCGCGUGUAGAAUUAAGAACAAUUAUCAACACUUAAAUGAGCCAGCUACUCGUCCAGCAUUUUUGACAUGAUUCUUGAUUUCAUCGACAAUUCAGAUCCUACUUCUUCAUACUCACGGCGACUUGCUGAGCUGCAAGCUAAGCGAAAUUCCAUGGCAGGGCUCGGGGCAAGAUGAAAAAUACUUUUUUGAUAACCCUUUGGUGUGCAUGAUUUUUCGUGCGGGCGAGUUGUCGAUAAUAGAAUACGGCCAGAACGAGAUUUUGGGAUAUGCCAGAACGGAGCACAUGUCGCCACAUCUGAUAUCCAUCCAAGUGCGAGCCGAAGUCCCGGUGGCAGGAGCUAAUGGAGGUAUGAGCAGACCGAGGGGGAGACUUUUUCAUUUACUACACUAGCGGGGAUAGCUUCCAGUAGAUUUCAUCCUUCAAGCUACGUUUAUUCUCUUGUUCUGAGUUAGUAUUAAUUUGCAACGACCUGUCCCCCAAGAAACUCAACUACGUCAGGAUAGAUCUGAGUAUCCUCUCUCGCAGAACCCAACAACACAAUGUUUUCUAUCCUUUCAUGUCUCCCCUUCCGGAUGGUGCCGGCGACGUUCCUACUCGCGUUAUCGCUUAUCUGCUCGAUGUGCAGACCAUCCGACUCGUGAAUCUGGCCACGCAGCAGAUCCUCGCCACGGUCGCACAUGAUCAGAAAGUCGACUGGCUUGAACUCAAUCCAAGUGCCUCGCGAAUCCUGUUCCGUGACAAGAGGAAAAAGCUGCACUUGUACAACGUUGCCACACAGACGCGAACGACCUUGUUGAACUACUGCAAUUAGGGCUGGUUGUGUGUGUGUGUGUGUGUGUGUCGAAGGAACUUUAUUGUGUAUGAAUUACAGUGUAAGUAGUGCAAAUAAAUUGAGGAUUAUCAAUCUGCAAGAACAGGCGCGAGUACAAGUUGAUUGGCUCAAUGAGGUAGUAUACAAACUGUCAUGCACGAGUGUCACUCAGAAGUCGUAAAAUAGGUUGAGAUGUAUUGUCUAAUGCAUCUACGUGCAUUGGGUUCCCGAUAGCGACGUCGUGGUCGCACAAAAUAGGAACCAGCUGUGUGUGUGGUACUCGAUUCUGGAGAACACAGACCGAGUGACUUGUCACGAAAUCAAGGGAGACAUCGAGGACAUCGAGCGGGCACAAGGGAGGACUUUUGUGUCGGUAUGUUUUUUUGAUUGAUUUUUGAUGUUUGUUGUGAUGCGAUAAUUUUGGUAAUUUAUUCUUUAGAGUAGAGGUCUGGGGGGUGGGACGCCAUGGGCUGAAGCAUCAUCUUUUUUCUAUUAGCUAGUUUGUUAUCUAUGUUACUAUCUUAUCUCUCUUCCUUUCUCAAUGCUCCUGCUUGCGCAUGCUUGCGUCCUCGGCUUUUUGCUCCAAUGUGAUUGAGUGUGAGAGACUGAGCGGUGCUAGUUGCUUCGCCUACGUGCUCAACGUGCUCGUCAAGGUCAUGAUCGAGGGUCUUUGGAACAACUUCAACUUGUUUAACAUACCUCUUUAGAGUAGAAACAAAAAGACUAUCUAACGAGUCCACUUGUUUCUUCAUACAUUGUAACGUAAGAUGCCAUUCCUAGAGAAGUUAGACAAUCGAACACCUACACUUGACAGGUCGACGAAGGCGUGAACACUGUGGAGUACGAGCUGGAUGAGGCAUUGAUAAACUUCGGGUCCUGUCUUGACAAAAAGCAAUAUGGAAAAGCUGUGGAUAUCUUAGAGGAAUUGCCGAUGACUCCUGAAACGGAGAGCCUAUGGCGAAAUCUGGCCAAAGUGGCACUGGACGACUUCGAUUUAUGGCUAUCGAUACUUUCAUAACGAAUGCACUGCCGAAAACAGAGAAAGAAUUGAUCCUUAUAUUUGACCUCGAUGAGUUUACGUUUGUCCUCAAACGGUUCGCUACACUAAGAUGAAGUAGGAAAAGAACGGGAUGACAGCGUCUCUAAUUGAUGCAUUGCCAGUAGUGGAGCAGAGCUAUGCUGUGCUCGGAGACGUCGCGAAAGCAAGGUAUAUCCACAACGUGAAUCGCCUCAUCGAAGAAAAUUCGGAACCAGGAACGACAUCGGGCGCUUAUCAUUAUUUGUUAUGGAGAUGAGCGGGGCCGGGGGCAAUAAUUCGAUAUAGUGUGAGGUAUUGAUAAAAAAAGCUUUGGAUAGCGAUAGAUAGCUUAAUCUUGUGCAAUUAUAACCCAAAGAAAAGAAAAAGAUUUAGUGCAUAGAAGAUGGGUCACGACCAGUUAACUUCUCUAACCUUCGUCCAAGCGAAGAUGGCGAUGUUGAGCAAGCAAUUUCAUCGAGCAGAAGCUAUCCUUCUAGAUGCGAAUCAGCUAGAGGAGGCGAUGGGGAUGUACCAGGAGCUGCACAAGUAUGACGAGAGCAUUCGCUUGGCGGAAAAAAAGGGUCAUCCUAACGUCUUGCAGCUGAAGAGCCACUAUCUGCAGUGGUUAUUUAUGGAUGAUCGUUUUUUCCUUCCUUGUUUUUUCCAUCCUUGAGGCCACCCCGGCCCCCCUUUUCUCCCUGUAAAAGUUUAUAGCUGCGGGGGAGCCUAGAUGGUCCGGCUGGGUGGAAAAAACUAAGUCCUCCAAACUACUGUCGACGCAACAGGAAGAGCGAGCCGGCGAGUUGCAAGAGAGGGAAGGGAACUACGCGCGGGCCAUCGAGUUGUAUUUGAAAGGAGGCAUGGCGGCAAAGGCCGCUGCCUUGGUCGAACGAUACUCGAACUUUAAUUACACUCAAGAAUUGUUAAGGCUAGAAAGGAACAGACAGAAGGGACAAGACAUAUUUAUUGGUGUAGAGUAAAACUAUGUAUGUGGUGGGGGUUUGAUAAGGUUCUUUUUAGCCAUGGAAUACAACUUCAUCCUAUAAUGUAGUCAAUUAUGAAUGAUCACCACGAACUGUGCCCAAUAAUAAGAGCAAGGAAUGUAAACGAGACCCCAGUUUUUCACCACAUCGCUCCACCACUUCUAAGAUAGCUGCAGCGGAUCGCAACUGCUCUCGAGACAAGUGGCGUCAGUCAGAAGGCUGGUGCCUUGUAUGAGCGAAUGGGUAUGCUAGACAAAGCGAUGGCAGCCUACAUCCAGGGCCACGCGUACCGACAGGCUGUGGAGCUAGCGAAACAGAACCAACCUGGACUGGUCGUCAGACUAGAAGAAGAGUGGGGAGACUACUUUUAUGAACUUUGGAUGUGAUUUUUUUUUCAUCCUUGUCUGCGUGCCUCGCCCUGCUGCCUGCCUCACUUUUCGUGUAAAGUAGAACGAAGGGAAGUCAACUAUUUUGAAUGCAUUCUUCUACUGCUGUCACAAGCGCAAGCCUUUUUCUCAUCCUCAUUCUCCUUUUCAUUUUCCAGUAUCGCAGAAGCAGAUGGACAGUGCGUUGAACCACUACAUUGAGGCUGGAUGUAGCAUCAAGGCCAUCGAUGCGGCGAUCAGCGCUCGACAAUGGAACAAGGCAGAGCAGCUUCUAGAAAGCACACAUGCAGAGAGCAGUGUCGCUCUUCCGUUCUACGAGAAACUCGCGACGUUCUAUGAAAAGCUAUGGAUAAGAACACAUGUAGUAAACAUUUGAGUAGAAGUGGGACAACAAGAAAGAAGAAGUCAUUGCUAACAGAAUGAACGUGUAGAUUUUGUGGUGCUCAACCAAGAAAAGUCACUACAGACAGUGAGGACUGAGGAUAUUCAUAGUGUAUUUCUUGUAAAUCAGAAACAGUGAUGAUCAGAUUUUCAUGCGCCGCACGUUACUUAUGAAGUCUCAACAAGUUAAACAACUCAAUUUCCUUGUUCUAAUCACUGGUCGUCAAUUCGACCAGGCAGAGCGAGGAUACUUGAAAGCGGGAAAGCCGCAGAAAGCGGUGACGAUGUACAUCAGCUUCCAAAUGUACGACAAGGCUCAGAGAGUGGCAGCGCGCCACUUAUCGCCACGCGAGCGGACGGAUCUGUACAUAAUGCUAGCCGAGAAGGCAGAGGCCGGAGCAAAACUGGCUGAAGCGGAACAGCUGUAUUUAUGUUGUUGGCGUUUUUUUUUUGCUCACACGGUUUGGACAAUUAUCAACACAAGACAAUAGACGCUUUAUAUGUUGUCUAGAAUAUUUCAGAAAUUUUAUGUCUCGUUUGUCGUAUUUCGGUUUCCCCAUGAAUUUAUUAGUCUUUGCACAUCACCUGACAUCUUCACGAAGAACUUGAGAUCUCACAAGGAGGUUUACUUGAGUCCUGAUCCUCGUCCGUUCAUCUCACCUCGCUGUCGACGACCAUGAUCUGGCGAUCAAUAUGUACAAGAAGCGCGAGGAGUAUGAACAGAUGUUGCGUUUAGUGGCGAAAUAUCGGAAGGAGCUUCUUACUGACACGUACAAGCACAUUGCGGGCCAGUACGAGGCCAAAGGAAACUUGAAGCGGGCAGAGCACUACUAUGUUGAAGCCAAGUGCUGGACUAAUGCCGUCUCCAUGUACAGGCAAAUCGAGUCCUGGGACGACGCGAAACGAGUAGCAAAAACACACGGUGGAAAACAGGCGUUCGAGAAGGUAUAGUCAGUUUUUGUUUUGUUUCCUUCUGCAACUAGAAGUCGAUAGCGGACUUUCAUUGCAGUCGUUACUCUUUGACUAUGAGAACAUGUGUUAUGAGUUUCAAACUAUGCGGUGAAUAAACUGGAACUCCAUCAGAAGAACGAUUUCAAUCCCCUCAUCUAGGUCGUUCUCGCUCACGCGCAUGCAGUGUUCAAAGAGUCUGGUGCAGAGGCUGGAGCGCAGUUGCUUGCUAAGCAUGGCCUGCAGGAGAUUGCGAUCGAUUAUGCGGUUGAGCACAACAACUUCGAGCAUGCUUUCGAAUUGGCGCGAAUAGCAGGGCUGACCGGAAAGGUUGGUCCUAUUUUUUAUCACUCUUCGAGGUAAAGGUAAACAGAAGAACUUUCUACAGCAACGCGUUGUGUGAUCUACUUCGUACCAGUUUGAUGUUCGUCGUCCGCGACUUCCUUGAGAAGUUCUUGACAAGGUCUUCUUGUCUUAGCUUAGGGUUAUUUAAAAACAUACUAGCUAAAUCAAUGAAUAAUGUCGUCCCAAAAAAUAGAAGUUAGAAAUAUGCACAACAGCAACAACAAGGUUCAAGAAAUCCAUCUGAAGCGCGCUCUCGCUUUUGAGGAUGAAGAGCGGUUUCCGGAGGCAGAACAAGAGUUUUUGAUGGCAGGGAAGCCUAGGGAAGCCAUAGAAAUGUGGACGCACCAGAGGGAUUGGGUGAGCGCGAUGCGAGUCGCCGAAGGCCACGAUAGAGAAGCAAAAGCUGAAGUCAUGGUCGCGCAAGCUCGUGACAUUGUUACUGAUCAGGCAGCUGGUAUGUAUAAUUAUGUGUUUCUGUUUGUCACGGAGAACGAGUAGCUCUACGUGUAGAUGUAGUGAUGUGGUGGAGGAAGUAAUGCAUAGGACCGAGAUUGGGAUGUGAUAACCAAUAUCAAUGUGAUCAAUGUCAGUGAAGUUUAUAUUUCAUGAUGAAGUUAGUCAUCAUCAUGAAAAAAAAGGUUCAAAUAUCUGUAGCAGGCAUGCAGCGUUGUUGAGCUGUGAGAAAUGGCUAUGUUGAUGCAUGUGAUCUUCGAGAUUUACUUGUAGAUCUAUUUCCAGCUUUGGCGCUUUGUCACGUUUUUGAGUUGUACUACAUAGAAAUAAAGGUGAGCAGCAGCUUCGCUUAGCCGAGUCGCUAUUCGUGCAAGGAAAAGAAGCAGAAUUAGCAGUGCAAAUGUAUUCGCAGAGGGGGAUGGUCAAUGACGCAAUUCGCGUUUCAAAAAAGCACUGUCCACAGAUCUUGGGAGAUGUCAUGGAUAGCAGUGCAGGUACUCCUCGAAAAUCAUUUUUGAGUCAUUGCUUGUUGAGUUCUUAGUACUUCACCCUCAAAAUGAUGAAAAUUUGAUGACCGGGAUCGACUCCGACCUCCAUCCUAAAUAAGAUCACAAUUGGAAUGGAAGAGGACCCCCUUGAUUCCGACUUCCAUUCCCACGCCCAUUCCCAAAACAGCUGCCCCCGGGGGCACGAUGGUGAGUUCGUUCGGCAGCCGUGGCGAGCGGGGCAGCAGCGCUGGUAGUAGUCGCAGGGGAGAGCUUGAAGACGUAUUGGAACGGGCCAAAGUUUAUGAGGAAACGUCAAAUUACACACGGGCGAUCGACUCUUAUCUCAUGGUGACGGAGAAGAUGUGCAGCGACAAAGCCCGGUUGGAAGAAAUAUGGGAAAUCGCGGUGCGUAUCGCUAUGAAGCACUCACCCGGCGACAGAUAUCCAGUCGUAUGCGAAGACGUGGCGAGGAGACUUAGUACUUGUUAUAGAAAUCACGAUCACUUUGUUUCUGUUCCUGUCACAGAUAAUCAUCUUCACAGAUCACAUUCACUCCUCUGUGUAUCUAUACUAGUAGCUAACUACCUCGUUUCAUAAUCACUCCUCUGCAUCAUGUAACAAACUGACCAGAUGCCAUCGGACGUCAGAUGUUGUCGUUUCAGAAUCUUCACUCCUCUGCAUCAUCCAACAAAUGCCAUCAUCAAUGGCCUUUGAAUCACUCCUCUGCAUCAUUGACCAGAUGCGAUCGGACGGCACGAAUCUGCCGCACAGCUUUUCGUGGAGGCUGAUGACCCGAAGUCGGCUAUUGAAGCUUUCAUGAGCUGUCAGGCUUGGACUAAAGCGCAGCAGAUUGCUCAGCAAAGCAUGCCGCAGAUGCUGUCGGUGAUCGAAAGUAGAUUUAUGGCUUGGUUACAGGAAUUUUCCAUUUUGAGAAGCAUCUAGAAGGAGCGGUAUAAUUCUAAGCGGUAAACACUACCAAGAUACCCUUAAGGAUGGAUUCCGGAAAGAUCUAAUAGAUACAAAAGCGAUAUCGUCAAGGCAGGUGACGGCGACGAGUUGAUACGGAAGACUGGGGAUGUCACGACAGCCUUGGACAUGUACGCGCGAAGUGGAGACUGGAGCAAAUGUCUCACGUUGGCAGAGAAACAGAAGAACCCAGAGCUUCUAAGCCACUAUGUCCUGCAGCAUGUGAAAUUACUCUUGCAAGGCGGUGGCCAGGGCGAAAAAGUAGCGGAAGCAUGCAAAGUCUUGAACAGGUAGGAUUUUUUGGUAUUGUGUGAUGUGUAUAGUCGUUCCUAUUAGAAGAAGGAAAAUUCUUGUUGAACAACUUCUAAAGCAGUGUAUCAAAAGCAAAAAGGGGAACUCUUGUCGAACAGAUUCUAACGCAGUCAGUGUAACAAAAUAUCAAGCGUCUCCUCCAGAUACGGCGCUCCGCCAGUGAACAAGCAGACAACCGCGUUGUACCAAGUGAUUGCGCAGAAUCUUCUGUGUGUCGAUACUAACGCCAAGAAGAUUGAGAUGGCGCGCGAAUUGCUCUUCCAAGUGGUCAUGGGCCGCAGCAAUUCCAGUGCAACGCCGAUGAGCGUCAGCGACAUCAUCCAGAGUGACAGCGAACUCGUGAAAUAUUUGCUUUCGGCGCAUUUUUUGCAUAUGCGCAGUCAGGCGGUCACCAAAGAGGUCCUGGCGCGCACCAGUGAGUCGCUCCUCCGUUACACGACGCAUUUGCCAGUGGACCGCACAUUUUAUAACGCCGGGGUCGACGCGAAGGAUGCAGAACAAAUUUCCAGCAGUUUCCUGUACUUAAAUCGCUACUUGGACAUCGUGGACGCCAUCCAGGAUGAAAUGGCGCAUCUGGACAACGCAGAAUUCGAACAAACGGACAUUCCGAAUCCCGCAGACCUCGAAAUCCCGGAUACGCCGUUUUUGUCAGUUAUGGUGAUGCAUGGAGUCUAGAAUCCUAAGGGACAAUGCUGUCAUCUAUUCCAAAGUCCGUGUCCUUUUUGCCUGGGUGUGUUUUCUUUCUCUCUCAUCUUAACCCUAAAUAUGAUAUAGUAAGCCGCGUACAGGAAUGUUAGUAGUCUAAUUAGCUAGGAUCUUCAUCCUGUCAAUGAAAUGUUGCUGCUUUCGUCGUUUCGUUUGAUAAAUGACUCAACAAUUUUUAUCAUGACUCAACAACUGUUCUAAUGCUCAUGACAAGAACGAGGAUAUCCGCGAGCUCGUGUUGGGUUGGUCGGUGAGUCCCAACGUCGAGCAAAAGAUCCCCACAAGGAAAUGCGAUAGCUGUGGAAAGCCAACCUAUAGCGCAGCAUUGAAGUGCACGGCUGGGUGCGGAGCCACUAACGUUUAUGAAAGCCUUCAUACUAGAACAAGAGCUUCAUCUGUAUGAUCAUUCGGUCUCGCCGCAUAUUGUUUCGUUUCUUGUUUCAAAGAGCAGGCAACCAGGAUUCAAUCAAAAUUUUCAAGGAGUAAGCAAUAUGGAUCAUCAUAAGGAAGGUGCUAGCCCGUAACCGUUAUGGUCAAGCUAAACAAGACCAUGAAGUGCUCUAAUGUUCGCCCUGCGUAGUAACUGGCCAACCGGUUUUGCGGCACAUGCAAGUGCAGUGUAGUGAUUGUGGAUCCCUAGCGAAUCGGGAGGAUUGGAUGGCAUUCUUGCGAAAAUAUGGCACCUGUCCCUGGUGUCUGCACCGACAGCAAGGAAAUGCCCUCGGGGGUGCGGGAGGCUUCCGAUUACAGAACUAG